CAAGCCUUGCUUAUGUCCCCUUCCCAGGAGGCUUGAGAGUGCUGAGUUUCUGCCUCUCUCGCCUCAUGCAGACUUAACUUUCCAAACUCUCCUCCCCUCUGACUCCUCAUCAGCCAAUUAAUUAUGUACUCCGUCCCUCCCCUCUUCCUCUCCCCCCAGCCACUAAUUGUCUCCUUAUCUUCUAUAGGGUAAACAUUUCUGAGGCAGGCUAUUAUAUUCUGUUAAGAACCCCUAUGCUAAAUCUCAAGCCUGGAACAGGCCUACAAAUACAUAAGUAAAAGGCACAGUUGCAUGAGUAGACGGGUACCGCCCCCUCCUAGGCCAUCUGAGGAAGUUCUUCCUAGAGAUAACUAGCCAGGCAAUCACAUUCCAGGGAAAGACCCAGCGAGUGAGAGACCGGACAUAGCACUAUCACAUUAAAUGGUGCUAAGAACAAAUGCGCAAUUGUCAUGUACCCUUAUUACCUUCUGCUUUAAUUCCCCAGGCAUAACGCCAAUGGAUCACAUCCGUGCAAAGAUACCAUCCUGACAUUAACUGAUACAUCACCACUUAACACAUAAUUGACAAUUGAUGUCUGCUUUAAGUACUUGUUAAACUAUAUUUACUAGAGAUAAGGUAUUCUGAACGCUAUGGACGGAAAACACUAUGUAACCUUUUAGAUUGUUGCUCUUAUUUCGCCUUACGGUUAGCACCUAUUUCGCCUCCGGGAUCUCUCCUCUACCACCACUACCACCCCCAUCACUUCCCUCUGCCCAUCAGCAUCCUAUGUAAUCAAUUGUAACCUAUUGUCUGGCGGUGUUCACCAAGCCUAACAAGUGAAGUGACACUCCACCAGCGCUGUGUGUAAUAAACACUUCUGCUUGCUUCAUACACUGUGUCCAGACUCUGAUCCAACAUCUUCCUUCUUUACUUGCUCUGGGAGCUGUUCCUUUCAAGCAGGCCCUGUUUAGCUGCUUUCUCAAUGAGAUGCUCCUCCCCUUGCUGGUCAACUGAGCUCUCUGCCUGCAUGGGAGCUUUGAACUUCUGAGAGGAACUCAGAAAAUAGGUACACCACUUACAGGGAACCUUGGUGCUUGCCAUGUUGGCCAAACAAGAAAUUAAAUUCAGAUUUUGCUGGGGCUUUUCCUAUGUACCUGUGAGAGCAGCAGAGUUGAAACUUCUGGCCAGAGUGGUCACAUUGGGACACGGUGGGGCAUCUCCUGGAGUCUAAGAACAUCGACUUUUACAGUGCUGUGUCUGCACUACCCCAAAAUCGAACACACGAGGGGGUUGAAUUUAGCAUUACUCUUUUCAUGAAGGAGGAAUAUAGAAACCAAUUUUAACCACCCUUAAAGUCAGAGGAACAGGCUUGGUGGUGUAGACUCAUUGUUCAUAAAAUCAACCUAACACAGCUAAAUUUGACCUAAACUUGUCAUGUAGACCGGGACUAAUAUCCUGGGACUAAUAAAGCUACAGUAACAUUGCAAAUAAAUUGCAACACAGUUACUUCACUGGAGAUCAUUGUAGGAUUUAAAAUUGUGACUAGUGAUACUAAUUAAUUUCCACUUUUAUAUCCUUAGAGGGGUGGGGAAGGUAUUUCGGAGAAUGUUUCCUCCAAAAGUUUUAAUGUCCAUGAGUCUUGCAGGGUAUGUGCUGCUAUUUAAACAUUUUGGUUAGUACACAAAUAUAACUUCUUCCUUUCAGGCGGCUGAUCUGAAAUGUUCCAAGAAGCUAACUCCGCUAAUGCAUUCACAGAUGAGACUCUCUCAAGAACAGUCCAUUGUGCUGAGUGCAGUGCUGAGUGGAAAGAAUGUCUUCUUUACAGGCAGUGCUGGGACUGGGAAGUCAUAUCUUCUGAAAAAGAUUGUGGGUUCACUGCCCCCAAAGAGCACCUAUGCUACAGCCAGUACAGGAGUGGCAGCUUGUCAUAUUGGUGGCACCACGCUCCAUGCUUUUGCAGGUAUUGGUUCUGGGAAAGCUCCUCUAGAUCAGUGCAUUGAGCUGGCUCAGAGAACUGGAGUGCGUCAACAUUGGUUGAAUUGCCAGCACUUAAUUAUUGAUGAGAUUUCAAUGGUGGAGGGCAAGUUUUUUGAUAAACUAGAAGCAGUAGCCAGAGCUGUCAGGAAACGGGAAGACCCAUUUGGAGGAAUACAGCUGAUCAUUUGUGGGGACUUCUUACAACUACCACCAGUCAGCAAAGGCAAUGAGGAAACCAAGUUCUGCUUCCAGAGCUGGAGGAAAUGCAUCCACAUGAACAUGGAACUGACAGAAGUGCGAAGACAAACUGAUAAGAGCUUCAUCUCACUCUUGCGUGCAAUCCGCCUGGGCAGGUGCACAGAUGAGGUCACCAGAAAGCUAAUGGAAACAGCAACUAACAGGGUUGAGAGAGAUGGGAUCCUUGCAACUCGGCUCUGCACCCACAAGGAUGAUGUAGAACUAACAAAUGAGAGACGAUUGCAACAGUUACCAGGAGAAAUACAUUCCUAUGAGGCUGUGGACAGUGAUCCCAUGGUAGUCAAAGCUAUUGAUGCUCAGUGCCCAGUAGGUCACUGUAUUCAGUUGAAACCAGGAGCCCAGGUGAUUCUUACUAAGAACCUGGAUGUGUCGCGGGGUCUGGUGAAUGGGGCACGAGGAGUUGUGGUGGACUUUGAAACUGAAGGGAAGGGUGAGUAUAUGUUAUGUUUGCCAGUUCUGGUUACAUGUAUUCCUGGAAGUUUCAUUACACAACAAUCUUUAAUCAAAGAUUAACUUCUGGAGACUUCAGGACAAUUCUGGAGCAUUGGGAUGGCUAUAUGAUGUGCUUAUGACUGUUAGUCCUACUGGCAAUUCCUGAGGCGGGUGGAAGGAGAGUAAUCACUUCUGCAAAAUUAAGUUCUCCCUGCCUGUGAAGACCAAGUAUAACCCCCAAGGAGAU